CACCACGACAUACCCUCCGCCCAACGUCUGCCGUGCCGAGAAACGCACCGUAACUUGAACGCGACCGCCAUCUUCACCAUCCAUCGAUUGCUAUCGACCACCAUCGCGAUGAAUCCAGCGACGAGUAGCCAGGAGCUGGAUACGCUGAUACCAUGCUUUGGGGAAACUGAGGAGGAGGAUCUACUUCCUCUGGACCUCAUCAGCCUCGAUAGAAUGCGACGCCCCAGCCACCGUGCGAGGCAAAUUGAUUUGGAAAUCGAGCAAGAAACACCAGUGAUGGGCUUGGGUCUCCUGGGAGUCGAGGAGCGACAUACGCUCGAUCCACUCCCCUGCGACCCGGUCAUGAGCCUCACAUCCACGAUGGCGACAGUGACCAUCGAGAGCAGGGGACAAGUUGACUGGGCGAGCGGCUCAGGCAAGCACCGCGCAUCCAAGCAGCGGCGCCACCACCGACGGCUAUCGCGCUCUCACCCCUACUCCCCCGAACGCCCUCUCGCAAAACCCCUUCUCACCAACCUGCCGCCAAUAGAAGGCCUUCUGGCCGGAGAAGACGACCUUGCGGCCGCGCCACUGAGCCCGCUAGUGCUUCCCGCCACCUGGCCGUCCCCCAUCGGCUCCUGCCGCUCAUCCGCGAGGCCUGGCUCCGCCUCGCGCAGCACGUCCAUCGCGCGCUCGCGCUACUCGAGCUCGUCGCCCGCGCGCAGCGUGCUCGCUCACGCGCCCAUGGUCCUCCCCGAGGAGCCAUGCCAGGCGUCAUGGGCCGUACCAGGCUGAUGCCUCAACGCCCCCAUGAGGCUUCGAGCUUCAUACGCAGCAGCAGCUGACGCACUUCUGACGCACUCGGCCUCCUCGAGGCGCCUCGAUACCCCUCGAUAGCAAGUUUGCUGACCUUCUUCUCCACCAUCUGUAUCAUCUAGUCUUGUUUUCGGCAUGGGCCUCAGGCUGUGGAUCGCUUCGUUAUGUAUUGCUUUGCGUGCCAGAUUGUACUACCUACCGUCUCGUCGUUGUGCUUUGUAAGUAUGGAUUCUGUCCUAGUGUGUUCCAACUUCCAAGUACUGUAGUUUGGCCCUCAAAUCGGCCCUGUCGGGGAGCUCUGUAAUGUUUGCUUUACGAGGCCGGUUAGCUCAGUUGGUUAGAGCGUGGUGCUAAUAACGCCAAGGUCGCGGGUUCGACCCCCGUACGGGCCACUGGGAAGCUCCGUUCCAAUACCACUUUUUCUUACUCAUAUCCCCCUUACUACAACAAACAUCGU